UAACGUGUUCUUCCCGGACUUCCGCUUUCUGGAGGAGCCUUCGGACAUGGUGGCCAUCAAGGACAGCCCUGCGAUGCUCAACUGUUCGGCAGCCGGGGACCCCGAGCCCACCAUUGAAUGGAAGCGGGAAGGCUCGCUACUCCAGCUCGAUGGCGAUCCAAGAAGGUCGAUCCUCUCCAAUGGCUCCCUCUUCUUGCGGAGUGUGCACCACACAAGAACAGAGAGACCCGACGAGGGAGUCUACCAGUGCUUGGCCACCAUUCCAAAUGUUGGCACCAUCCUGAGUCGCUCUGCAAAGCUCCAAGUGGCUGCUCUGCCAAGGUUUGAAGAGCAGCCGAGGGACAUGCGGCUGUUCCCGGGGCAGACGGCAUACUUCCCCUGCUCGGCCUUUGCGGUCCCUUCGGCCAGCGUGGUGUGGCUCAAGGACCAGCAGCCCCUGCAGCUGGACCCCUCCCGGAUGCUGGUGCUGCCCAGCGGGGCCCUCGAGAUUGACGGGGUGCAGACCACCGAUGAGGGGGCCUACCAGUGCACCGCCUACAAUGCCGACAAGAACCGGAUCAGCUCUGCGGGGAACCUCUUCGUCAGCUUGUCCUACGAUGAUGCCAAUAAGAUAUCUGCUCCAAUUUUUGUGGCAGCCCCACGGAAUAUAGUAGUCGUGAAAGGAACAAACAUGACUCUCGACUGUGCUGCAAAUGGAAACCCUCGUCCGAACCUGACGUGGCUCAAGGAUGGUGUAACCAUCGACAUGUCGCUUCUUGAUAGCAGGUUUAGAAAAGUCGGAGUAGGAAGUCUGCAAAUUGAAAAUAUCCAGGAAGCGGACGAAGGAACCUACAUGUGCAGAGCAGAAAAUCACGAAGACUCUGUGGAUGCCAGUGCCACCAUUGAAAUUCAAGUUCCUCCAAGGUUCAGAAAGAAACCGAAGAACAAGUUUGCAUACGAGAAGGAAGACGUUGAGUUUGAGUGCGAGGUGUACGGAAAGCCGGAGCCCUCGGUGCAGUGGUUCCGUAACGGGGAAGCCAUCAUCCAGAGUGAAUACUUCCAAAUCGUCAACGGCAACAGCUUGAGGAUACUGGGUCUCGUGGACUCCGACCGAGGAAUGUACCAGUGCUUCGGCUCCAACCCGGCCGGUAAUGUCCAGACAUCGGCCCAACUCGUGGUUCUCGACCCAGACUCUCCCCACCCUGGCACCCGUGCUUCCUUUACUACUCCCUACCUGGAAUACUCAGGGGAGCUGCACAGGGGCAAGAACGUCCCCUCCGCCCCUCGGGAGGUCAUGGCACGGCUCGUGUCCACUCGCUUUGCCACGCUCUCGUGGACGGUGCCCGAGAAAGUGGACGGAAGCAUCCUCGCCUACUCCGUCUACUACAAGGAGGAAGGCUCCAGCCGUGAGCGUGUGCUCAACACGACGAGGCAAAGCUUGGAAGAGAUCAUCAUCCCGGGACUGAGGCCAGCCACCAAGUAUUUUUUUCGAGUUGUCGCCUACAACGAACAGGGUCCGGGAAACAGUUCCCCAGAACUGGAAGUGGAAACAAGCCCGGAAGUGAGCAUCCCGGGGCCACCCCACAACCUGAAGGCGGUGCCGACAUCCCCAACGGCCAUCCGGGUGUUCUGGGAGGCCCCUGAGGGCCGCAGCAAGGAGACAGCCCAGCACUACCAGCUCUCCUACCAGGAGGCAGGCACCACGGAGGAGGAGGAGCGCAGGGUGACCACCGCGGAAACCUGGUACCACCUCAAGAACCUCAAGAAGUACACCGAGUACAACAUCUGGAUCACGGCCGUCAACCAGAAUGGCUCUGGCAUCAGCUCCGAGGAGACCCUGGCACGCACUUUCUCCGACGCUCCCUCAGAAAUUCCACAAAAUGUCACCCUGGAAGCAGCAAGUUCUACAAGCAUAAUAAUUAGGUGGGAGCCACCUCCCAAGGAAUCGCAGAAUGGAAUAAUUACUGGGUACAAGAUUAGGUACAAAUUGAAAGGAAGUCGGAGAGGGGACACCUUCACAACUGACGGAAACAGAAGGCUUUUUGCUCUGUCUGGUCUUGAAAAAGGGGCGCAGUACAGCGUCAAGAUUGCGGCCCUCUCGGUAAACGGCACGGGUCCGGCCACGGACUGGAUGACUGUGGAGACCUACCAGAAUGACCUGGAUGAGUCUCGAGUGCCAGACCAGCCAAGCUCGCUGCGUGCCAAACCGACCUCGACCAGCAUCUUUGUCAGCUGGGGUCCUCCCCGGAAUCUGGACAUCAUGAUUCGGGGCUACACGAUUGGAUGGGGCAUUGGGCUGCCCGAUGUUUACACCAAGGUCCUCAAUGGGAAGCAGCGUUACUACACCAUCGAAAACUUGCAGCCUUCAAAUGAGUAUGUCAUCAGCGUGCGGGCAUUCAAUCAAAUUGGUGAUGGCCAGCCAAUCUAUGAAACUGUCAAGACAACGAUUGAAUCAACUCCUGAGCCGUUGCUGCCCAUGCUGCCCCCUGUGGGGCUGAAGGCCAUCGUGCUGUCGCCAACGACGGUGGUGCUGUUCUGGAGCGACAGCACGCUGUCGAGCAGCCAGGUGAUCACAGACAGCCGGUUGUACACAGUGCGCUACAAGAGCCAGGGCUCGCCGAAGUACAAGUACUUCAACUCGACCAACCUGAACUGCAUGAUCGACGACCUGCGGCCCAACACCCAGUACGAGUUUGCCGUCAAGGUGGUCAAGGGCCGCAGGGAGAGCACCUACAGCAUGGACGUGCUCAACACCACCCAGGAGAGCGCACCCUCUUCUCCUCCAAGGGAUCUGACAAUUGUGCCCAGCGAUGACUCUCCAAUGAUGAUCAACCUUCACUGGCAACCUCCCAAGCAGCAGAAUGGAAUGAUCACUGGCUACAUGAUUUACUACACGACGGACAACAGCCAGCAGGACCGGGACUGGGCGGUAGAGGGCGUAGUGGGGGACAGGAUGACCACAGUCAUCAAAGGCCUCACCCCGGACACCACCUACUACUUCAAGAUCCAGGCCAGGAACAAGAUGGGCUAUGGACCCCUCUCCCAGGAGGUCAUGUAUCUCACGGGGAAAAGUUUAGAACUUGCCUCUGGAGGAUCGAGCAAUGGUGGAAGCUUCACAAACAAUACCCUGUACAUUGCCAUAACCUCUGGGUUUACAGUGAUCCUUCUAAUACUAGUCAUCAUCUGCUACAUGAUGUGCCGUCGUCGUCAAGGCUACAUAGGACCGGUUAACAGUAAAGGGUAUGCCAGCAGUAAGGGCAUCGCCAAGGGCAAAGGAGCGACCAAGGACCUGAAGCCACCCGACCUUUGGAUCCACCACGAUCAGAUGGAACUCAAGGCCAUGGACAAAAGCAGCAACCCGGAGGCAGCCAUGACUGUGACCCCCAUCUCGAGGAACUCCCAGGACCUGUCCGAGGACCACAUCGUGGGUACCUUGGAGAAGAAGAAGAACUCGGGCGGUUACAUGGACCAGUUAAGCAGCGAUGACAGCGGCAAAACAGAUAGGCCCUUGUUGCCAAGGUCGUCUCGGUCUAAGCCUGUGAUGUUGCCCCUUGACUCUCGCAAGUCACUGCCUGAUUCCAGUAAAGCAUCCAUGGGACCGGCGGCCGUUUCCAAUGGCAACAUGAACCCCGGUUUAGAAGGGAGUUCGGUCAACAUGGGGCGGCCCAUUUAUCCCAGGACGCAGUACAAUAUCCCCAGAGCCCACGUGACCAUUGACUCACUGCACCCAGGUCACGACGGAAUGAUGGCCAGCCCCCAGAAGCCGGGGGGCCUGAACCCGACGUAUGAGCCCAUCCUGAACCCGGGCAUGUGCCACGGGGGGGGUGCCAUGGGCCAGCUGCCGGCCUACAGCAAUGCCCUGGUAGGGGGACCCCCCGUGCCCCCUGGCCCGGGACCCGGGGGCUCCGUGCCAGGCCCCGCAGAGUCCGGCACGCUCACCAAGAGAGCUCACUCCGGGAACCCCCUCAAAAGCUUCAGCGUGCCGGCCCCUCCCCCUCAGAGCGCCCCUUCCACGCCCCAACCCAAGCACAUGAUGAGGCCUCAGCAAGUGUCCAGUCCCCACAAGAAGGCAUCUGUUGCGACAUCUACUUCUGCGGGGGCCGGGUCGUCGAACAAGCAGAGCCCUGGGCGACAGUCCGCGCUCAAGUCACGAGCGGUCGCUUCGCCACGCAACGUCUCCAAGGACUCCUCCACUGCUCACACUCCCAAGAAAGAGGAAGACCUUGCCUCUCCCUUCAACAACGAAGAACUCACCCAAGAAAUGGCCAACUUAGAAGGGCUGAUGAAGGACCUGAAUGCAAUAACAGCAUCGGAGUUUGAGUGCUAGGACCCCCAGGAACAGACCUGUGUCUCUGGAGUGCCCUAGGUGCUCGUGUUGAACUGUGGAUAAAGCUCACCUCUAAGGACCCAACCACGAACAGUGCCACCCACAACGGACAUUGCUAAAGCAAAAACGGUCGACACAGCAGCAGUUUGGGAGAAGCCCACUGCCACCCCUCCAGUCUACUUUGACUUGGACAAGCUUCAGGCUAAAGGACUCGAGUUUGCCACACUCACCGGAGCAAAGUUCAUGACGUGUAUAUAGCACUGUGGAAUACUCCAUAUACAUUGUUUUUUUACAUGCCCCACUGUGGGCCGUCUCGGAGACGCUGCCAGCAGCACUCUCUGUGUGUUUACAUUUGUCCUCGUGCGACUGGCUGCAAUGGAGCCCCAUGCAGAAGGAACAACCACGCACUUUAGGCUUUUUCUUUCGCAAGCGUAAGGUCACAUUUGUGUUCUGAACCUGUCGAAUGCUCUUCUCUCGUUUGGGGCUGCAUGUGCCCGACUGUGCCAUGUUUUCAAAGAAACAGAUACAAAAAGAGCACCCACCCGCGGUAAGCAUGUUUUACGGUGAUGGCUGUUACGGGCUCUUCCCACCACUGGAAAUGACGUCUGCAACCGACAUUGCCAAAUGCUCGAAAAAGAUUGACGUCACUGCGGCGUGCUCGGGAUUCCGUCCUGGGCCUGCUGUGUGUGAAGCGGACGCGUUACCACUGAGCUACGCCACUACUGUAACAAUCUGCUUUAUCGGCAUUUGAUGAGCACACACGUGUGUAUGAUUCCCGUGCAGUGCCGCUAGACGGCCACAGUUGCUGUGACGUUGCGAUAUAAAUUUCUUUAUUUGUAGUUAAUUCCAAUUUUAAUCGGAGUUAACUGUUGAAACAUAGGCUUCGGCUGGGUGGUGCUAGUUGCUGUCCAAUCAAAAGAGUUCAGCCCUAACCAUCCAUCCCUCCAUCUAUCGUUGCGUUGCGCCAUGGAGGUAGGAGGCCUCUGGAGGCACACGACGCCACCAGAGGCGAAGCCGGGGCAGACUUUUGGUUUGGAGGGACACACCCCCAACGAAGACCAAAAGCGAAGGAAACCAAACGACGCUAUUGGACGGAAACAACAGCUGAUUUGGCGCCAACAGCUGCUCCGGUCACCCUAUGAGGAGUUCCCACCAACCGCAACCUCUACUUCCGGCUUCACUCAGGAUUUUUUGUUUGGCUGGCUCGAGCCGGUAUGUCUCCUCCUCUUCUUUCUAUCUCCAUGCAUUACGUCACUUGUCACGUCGUAUUACUCCGCCUGUGACAUUACAUUACGCCAACUGACUCCGUACCACCUAGAAAACAAAACCUGUGCCCCCUCUCCUUUCCCCAAAGGUCAUCACCGGAUGGAUGGAUGUGGCUGAACCCGUGUAUUGAGCUGCGACUUGCGCCACCUAGCCAAAGCUUUUAUUUCUAACAGUUAACUGAUCUCCGAGUAAAUUCCGAUUUAAUUGAGAAGGGCAAAGAAUCUCGUACUGCUGCUAAGCACAAACAUUCAUCUACCAUUCUCCAGAAUCGAAAGUUACAAUUUAGGGCAAGUCGGCAAUCCACAACGAUGACGUCGUCAAGAAACUUUGCCGUCAAGUAUGCACGAUGCGUGAAUGCGACACUGAUGCCCAAUGAUUUCGACAUGUCUCGUCGUGGCUAUCGCUGCGACUGCACUGUGGAAUCACGCGGGACUGCUCAUUUUUUGUCGUAGAGCAGAACUGGUAAGGGUCGCUCCGAGCAUUAUCGUCAACAAAUUUGAUCCUAAAUAAGAACAUACUCACCCACUUGUUGCGAGUGGGUCUAGGUUUUGAAUGGUUGAUGGCAGUUUUAGUUUGUUAUUCAGUAUACACUAUUAUGCUCUCAUGCUGCCAAGCAAUCUUUUUUUUUUUUUUUUUUUUUUUUUUUUUUCAUUUGAGUUAUAGGUUUUCAGUGCAGGUGCAAAUGCAAUCAGUUUCAGGAUUAUAUCGUGUUUUAUAGAGUUUUCAGACGCUCUGCUUGGUGAAUGAAUGCAGCCGUAAUUUAAGUAGUCAAUCUUGUGCUACGAUUACUUUUCAUUUAUUGGCCGUAUUGCCACAAUUUUUGUGUGUGUGUAUAUACUAUAUUAUAUAUAUAUGCCUACAUAACGUUUGUAGGUCUUUUGCUGUGCCAUUUCGAUAGCCAAAUUGAGGUAUAGCAUCAUCCAGUGAUGGCGUGCAGUGUGUGCGCAUCUUUGUUUAAAUGCACGAUCCCCCAAUAUUAUGUAUGCAGAUACAUUUAAUUUGACAUCAGUGUGACAUGACAUGAUCACAAAUAAAAUUGACAUCAAAAUGAUGCCACAAUU